AUGGCUGUUCAGCAUGGCCAGCCUGCGCCUGGGAAGCCUUCCUGCUCUGACAGCGCUCCUGACAGCGAGUUAAGCCUGGAGAGUCUUCUCACGUGUAAGAAACACCAUCUGGAGGCAGCCUUCGCAGGUCAGGCACCGAACUGCUCCCAGAAGCCUUCUCCUUGUGGGGACCUGUGCUGGCAGUCAGCAAGAGCUCUAAGCAAUGCCAAGAACCCCCAAGACCUGAGCACAAGGCACAAGGGAGAGGUCGUUGUCCUGAAGAAUGGCAGCCUGGCUCCUCAGCAGUGGAACUUCUCCUCGCACUGCUCCAAGUCGUACCUGCCAUCCCCUGCGGUGAGCGCGCCGGAGGCUGGGCUGAGCUUCGCCGCCGCUGUGGCAGGCCAGUGCCAGCCGCCGGCUCUGCGGAGCCACCCGGCCCAGCCUGCGGACCUGUGGCCCUUCCCCUGCGCGGGCGCUGCCAGCCUGGCCGGCUCCGCCUAUCCCCGCGCCCCGCCGGAGCUGCACGCCGCGGAGGAACCCGCCUCGGGCAGCAGCUACGGAUCCCUGCUCGGGCUCCUGCAGCAGGAGCGGUGCCUGGCGGCCGUGCAGCAGUGCGCCCUGAGGCAGCGCGGCAGUGCCGCGUGUGCGGCUGCACCUGCCGGCGCACGGCAGGCGAGCCACGGCUCAGCCCCUGCAGCAGAGAGGAAAGCAAGCUCUUACCAAGGCUCAGAAAAUCCCACUGUAAGCCAGACCACUGCAGGUAUCCAGAUUCAUGACAGAAGACAAGAUUUAUACUUUUAGCCACUGGAUGUUUCUACUUGACCCUGAAGGAGAAAGUUCUUGCUGUGAACUUUCCUUGUUUGCAACUGUGAAUCAGGAAGAAAUGAACUGUAGUCUGUUCUGUGCUUUCCCUCUUCAGUUGGAAGAAUGCAAUGUAUGAUCUGGGGAGUGUAAAACCAGCUUUUCUCUGCUUGGA